GGGGAAGACCAACUGUGCUUUGCAGAAUAUUGCAACAACUCUGUCCCUUGCAGUUGUUUAUAACUUACCUUGUUCGGACCUGUGGCGCUGAGUGGCUGAGACCAUGAGUCAAAGCCACCAAACAUGAGGCUCUUUAUUAUACGAACGUGACUCAACAUUAUCUAACCAUUGUCAAGCAAGUAACUAACUAAAACCACAACCUCAUAAUAGACGGUGACGAUGUGGCACCAAGAAAUGCGGGGUAUAAAACCAUCUUUACUCCCUUGUAGAGGUCAUAAAAGUAGAAAAGGUAUAGAAAUCAUUAUUAAUUCAUCCUGGAUCCACUUGAACGGUGAGGAUCGCCAGCUAUGGCGGCCGUCAUCGACGAACCCCAACUCAUAACACGCAAUCCCUUUGCGCGAGAUCCAGCAGUGCGGCUACGUGGCAAAUCAAAACCGAAGGGCGUGCAACGAGCGAGACUCAAGCAUCGCACCAUAAUCGAGCAGCAAGCCGCAGCAGAGGCAGAAGCAAGAUACAAAGCAGCAAUCGAGCAAAAGACCGAGCCCGAUCUCAUAGAUAGAUUCUUCGCCCUACCUCCAGAAGUUCGAAAUCAUGUCUACCGUCUACUCUUGGUACAACCAUGCAAAUUCAGCUUCAAUCACACCUUCCAAUGCAAGCGAUUCUCAUACGAAUACCCAGGUCCAGCCCAUACUGCCAGUGGCCCAGAAAGCAACAUGAACUUUGCCUGCGCCGACUGUCGAUGGUACGCUUGGGGCCAGCGACUCCCUGUCUUUGUUUCUCCUGCGCGCAGCCAAUGGUCACCCCCGAUGACGAACGAGUACAUGUGCGAUAACUGCUACUCGGAGAAUAUCCGGGCCAAGCGAGAACCCCAUCCGACGUUGCGGAAUCUCAAGUGCCUAUGUGCGCGACGACAGAAUCUUCAUAUUUUCCUCAUUAAUAAACGGUUUUAUACCGAGGCGUCGCAUGUGUUCUGGACGGAGAACUGGUUUGCAUUUGAGAACCCGACUAUUCUGAUUAACUUUCUGUCGUGUAUUCGGCCGCAGACUCGGUCGUUGAUUACCAAGAUCUCGUUUAUGAUUGAUCCGAAUGAGGUGGGUAUGAAUCUGGAUCGGAAAUAUGUGCAGCAGUGCUGGCGGUUGUUGUGGUUGUGUGAUGGGUUAAUGGAGCUGGAGCUGGAUCAGUUCUUUCUGUCGAAUGUACAAUGGGUCCUGGGAAUAAAGAAUAUUACGCCGAAGAGGCGGAUUGCUUUCAUGAAGACACCGGAAAGGGCGGAGAUUGCUUAUUUGAUGACUUAUGACCGGCGCAUUUGGCAAGGCGUUUCGAGACGGCAGCUUGUGAGAAAUCUCUUAGCGGACACACUGGCUGAACGUAUGUUAAGGCGGAGACCUAUGAGGGCGAAGGCAUUGCGGGCGCUGUUUGACAAGCAUCUGCGGAGGGAGAAUGGAAAUAUAAGUAGUGAUGAAGACUGA